CCCUGCCCUCCCUCCAGCAGGUGAAGCCCUCUCUCCUCACCUACUAGGGCAUAGCAAGCCUGAGGACCAGAGACUCCCAGAGCAUUCCAUAUUCUGAGCCCUCAUUGUGCAGAGAACCCAUUUGGUUCCAAGACUUGGACAAAGGCAGUCGGCUGUGCCAGAGCCGGAGCAAUGUAGAGAAGGUGGUGACUGAGCGACCCAGAGAAUGGAUGGCUGGGGUCGAUGAAGGACCACGCCCUGUCCCGAGGAGGUGGCGGGACUAUGGAGUCCCAAGGUCAAGGCUACCCGAGCUGGGACACUCGGGGCAGACGUGCCACCAUCUUUCCCCAGAGAGAAGGGACCAGGACUUUGGGACCCUCUGCCCUCCCUGCUCAGGACGAGACUGAUUCCUCGACGCCUCAUGAAAGGAAGUACAGGCUUCCCGUGACCAGGAAGAGGGCCAUGUGCGACUUCAGGGUGAGGUGGCCAGAGAUCGUAAACAAGGACCAGGAGGUGCAGAGAGAGGACCUGCUCCAAUCUGGACUGCACCCCCUGGACAGGAAGUCCCUUGACAUGAUAAGCUUAGGCUCCUCAGAAGGCAGCGUCAGCCUCAGACAACAGGAGAGUAGCCACAGUGAUUUCCAGGACCCCCAAGAAACCCCCGCCUGCUUCCUGGAGGCUCCGCACAUGACCAUUCUCAACAACUAUCUGAAGCCAGAGUCAAUGACCAGGCUGGAGAAGAGGGUGAGGAAGAAGACCGUGGUGGCCAUGAAUCGGCUGGAGAUGGAGAUGGAAGCUGCCAAGUUCCGGAGGGCAGUGCUGCUGAGGGACACAAGGGAGCUGCAGGGUGAGAGGGCGCUGGAGGAAGCGGAAGACAAGCCCUUCUUGGAGUACCUGAAGAAGAGGCACCAGAUAGCCCAGGAGAAGUACGACUUCCUGUGGAAUGAUUACAUCCAGCAGAGCCAGGAGAUUGAGGACAGGAGGCAAGAGCUGGCCUCUGACUUCACCUCCCGCCAGGCUGACUUCCAGAAGCAGCUGGUGCGGGGCAGGAGGCUGGAGGCCAGUUUGAAGAGGAAACUGAAGGCCCUGGAGCCCAUAGCAAAGAUAAAGCAGAGCCAGGACGAGGAGAAAAAGGUCCUAGAGCUGGAAGAAGCUAGCAUCGUGUCUGACAUCCCUUUCAUGGACCGAGAGGCACACCUCCAGUUCCUGAAGGAAAGGGCCGACCUGCAGAAGCAAGUGGAGGAACUGAACCUGCUGGAGUCAGGAGAGGACAUCACCAGGGAGCUGAAGAAGAAGACCAAGGCCUUGGAGGCUAGGGUCCAACAGGCUCACAGGGCCUUCUGCAAGGGUGUCAUUGCUGAGAACAGGCAGCUGCGAGCAGAGAUCCAGCAGCUGGAUCAGGAAUUCUGCAAGCUGGAAGCCAUUAGGGAGAAGCUGGAGCAGCGGAAACAGCAAUGGAAAGAGCAGCAGUGGUACCUGGAGGCCCUGGCCCGGGGGAGGCAGCGCCUAUGGCAGAUGGAGCACCGCCCCCCGAAACCACAGGCCACCCCACACCCAACCCAGGGCCGUCUACGGGGUGCCAGGCCGAGAGCCACUCCAAAGUAAUGGCUGCCGUGUCCCAGGAAGGAGACUGGAGCUCAAGUUGGGAGUAGCACACAAGACUUGAAGAUGUCAUCAGGAUAAUGCACGGGGAGCAGACGCACCAAGGGGAUGGAGGGCUGAGCUCCUCAGAGAGGCAGAGGGGCCCUGGCCUGGCCUGUCUCUCAGGCUUGGGCCCCUCACAGCAGCCUGAAGGGCUCUCCUAACCAAAAGCUUCCCAGCAUAUGGGAAACUUGGUUCUUUAGACUCCAUGCUCUCCUUGACAACAAGUUCCCUGUGGUAGUAUAGACUUUGGUGCUCAAUCCCUGCUCUAGUGUGGACCUCAUGACAACAGGGUGCAUUUGUAAUCAGCACCUUCCAUACAGUCACCCCAUCUCACAGUAGUGGGAGUUGUGUCACAGGUGGGUGCAGGGUGUUCUCUGGGGGAAAUGGGUUCUUCGCACUUGUGCGUGGCUGAGGCUGGAUUGGUCUGCAGAGCUGUGGGUUGUGAUGUGGCCUGUGGCCCCGGGUUUGGGUCCUGUGAUCCUGUGUGACAAAAUAUAGACAGCUCUCUGAGUCCUGGGUGUUGCUGCAGACAAAAAGCCUCAGCAUUACACUGUAGAUUUUUAACUUUUACUUAGCUAUAAAAUGAACUCAUUUAAAACUGUGCUGCAAAUGAAAAUGAAUGUACCUUUGGUUUACAGAUUUUGCUUGCAUGUGAAAUGUUUUGUUCUUAAACCAUGUUAUUGAAAAAUAAGAGCCUGGCUGUGACUGUUCACAAUAAAAAUCUGUUUAUCGUUAUCCAAGCACACAGCUCCUUCUUUUUAUGUAGAACAAAUAACUGUGGGGGACUUAAAAUGAAAGCUGCUUGCACCCUUGAAGCCCCUUGGCUACUACAUGCAGAUCGCUAAGGGAUAAUGGAAUGAAGCCAGGCUGAACUCUGCUGCUGCCGGAACCUCUGACUUAACUACGAAGUCGGUAUCAGGCAGGGCUGUCCGGGAUCCACCUGCUCCCUUGAGCCUCACCCAGCUCUUUGAGGAGCAAUUGAAGUGUUUGGACUAACUCAAGCACUCUACCCAGAAACCUUUAUCUGGCUCUUCCUCCUUGUUAUUGAGCACCUACUGGGUGCAGGGGAACGUGGUAACUCCACAGAUUCAACACAGUAGGAUUCAGGGGACCCCUGGCUACUUGGAAACAGGGGACAGGAGUCCAGGACCGACACCCUUAGACAUACGCACGCCAGACAGAGAGCUGCUUUAGGAGAGGCUGGCUUAGGCUUUGCUGAGGAAACUGGUGGACAUGAUGAGGACUGGUUGAAAUCUUCCCUAAAGCCACCAGACUGGCCUAAGUCUUCAUGAGGUGCAGAGGCAGGUGUUAGGUGAGGUACGGGGGGUCAGUAUCACAUGACCUCCCAGCCUGCACCAGCCACCCUCUCUGCCAUCUUCAUCCAACUCCCCGUGCAGCAUUUACUGUUCUGUGUGCCGUGUCCACCCUCAUGUGGGCGUUUCCAGUGGUCAGGACUGAGCAGCAAAGGAUCAAAAACCAGUGAGCAGCACCCCUCCAUGGCCUCUGCAUCAGCUCCUGCUUCCAGGUUCCUGCCCUGCUGGAGUUCCUGUCCUGACUUCCUUCAGUGAAAGGAAUAAGCCCUUUCCUCCCCAGCUUGCUUUUGGUCCUGGUGCUUCGCCAUGGCAAUAGAAACCCUUACUAGGACAGGACCCUAACUGACUGGAUUUUCACCUGUUUCAGCAUUGGCAUGGGCCCCAUCACCUGGUUCCAUGGAAGCCUAUGGGAAGCAUGAUGGUUCCAACAUUUCCCUGGGGCUCCUGUUGCUGCAUCCCCAUUUUUCUUGGACCUGAAUGUUACUGGAUAACUGAUGAUACUUCAGGCACCCUGCACACAGGAUGGACCACAGCAUCAAAUCUUCUCCAGAUGGACCUUGCCCUAGGCACAGUCACAGUCCUGUUCCGGGGGCCUCUCCCUCACUUCGCACACCCCCCCAUUCCUCCUCAGGGCCAUCACCACAGCAGCCCCACUGGACCCAUCAACAAUAGCUUCAGAGCAGCAACGCUUCCUGCAGCGGGGCAGCGUUCAAACGGCAGUCCACUUUGGUUGAUUGUUUCCAGGUUGCAGACAGGGAAACUGAGGCUCAAUUGGGAGAAGUCGUUUGCCCAGGCCGCAGGAAAUCAGAUCUAGGGCUCACGGAAAGCCUGUCUGUGCUGAGUCUGGGUUCUUAACUAGCAGUUCACACCAUGCUCUGGGAAAGCCACAGGUCCAUGUCUUCAAGAAGUGUGUCUGGCUCAGCUCUGUGUCAGAAAAUGGGAUCAAACCGUUACAGGUGACACCAUGAGGUUGGGUCCCACUGCUCUCGAACAUCGUCACAAACACGAUGCUGUCUGGUAUCAGGUGUCCAGCCUUGCUUCUUAAGGCGCUGGCUGCUCUCUGGGGAAACCCUGCAUCACUUUACCUCAUUUAUUAUAUAUUCCUUGGUAGUAAUUAACUUCGUUUCAUGUGUUGCUAUGAAGAGUGCCUAACAAAACCAAUGUGAAACUCGUUAAGUCUGGGUGCCUUUAUUUUGGUAAAUAAGCCAUCUGUGCUGGGUUUUUUGGAGGUGUUUUAGAGGCAUUCUGAAAGAUAAGGAUGAGAGUAAUAUGACAAUGCCUUUGUGGGGAGGAGCUGGCUUCAUGUGGCAGGGGUCGGGGGUGGGUAAUCCUUCCAAAAGUCUGUCUGUGCCUUUGAACUCUGGAUCGCGUGGAUGCACUGCCCCUUCAACAAGGAUGCAAACGGCCCGCAAGAAGGUCAUGCAUCGUAGCUUUCACUGUGGUCCUGAGUGAGGUGAGGUCAGGACAUCGGUGAAAAUUUUCACCUGCCAGGGCUUCCAGCCCGGCUCUGGGACUAGAAUUCUCCCCAUUGCCAGCAGAGGGCAGUGUUCGGGCUUCUUACCCCAGCCAGGUGUGGAGGAGGUGCAGGGAAAACGCCUUAGGUGAGGUUUGUAGCUAUGCACCUGGAGUUUGCCUUCCAUGGUAUUCCUGUGUAGGAAGAAAUGACGAUCCAGCCGUCCUGUCUCCCUCUACCCCUUCCAGACAAGUGUUGGACCCUUACGUCGUUAUCAUGCCCUUGAAAGGUCGUCCAAGAGGCAUUUGCAAGAUGAUUUAGGCAGGCAAACAGGGAAAACCGCCAAAGCUUACGCACUUAUUUAAAUGUGAAUUAUAUACACGCAUACACAUGAUUCAUCCAUCAAUCUGCUAAUUUCAGUGGAGAGGCAAGUCCAUUUAUAUGCACCCUUAAGGCACUCAAAAGCAGCUGGGAAUAGAACUGGGCUGUGAAAAUAACAAAAUGCAGAACAGCCACAGAACAGGCCUGUUUUCUUAGUCCAUUCUCCAGCGAGGUCCGGAGUUGGGUCUCAUGUUUUAUCAAACGUCCGCAGCAGGGGACUCUUGGAGGUCCUAGAUCUGCCUCCGGGCUUCCGCAAUGCAUCAGUUCUCCAUUGCUGUCACAUUCUGACAAGAAGAUCCUCAAGCGAGGAUGGGGGUACCUUUUUUUUGUCUCCCAGGUUAAGAAGGGACACAGUCCAUCGCAACCAGGAAGCAUGGCAGCAGAAGCAUGUGUCAUCUGGUCACAUGGGGUCUGCACUCGGGAAGCAGAGUGUGGACAGGAAGUGGGGCUGACUACAGAAAACUCAAAACCCACCCCCAGUGCCUAACUUCCUCCACGGAGUUUCCACUUCCUAAUGGCUCCACAACUUUCUAAAAUAGCAUUAGCGGUUGGGGACCAGGUAGUCAAACACACGAGUCUGUGGGGGCCAUCUCACAAUCACAUCACGACAUUACGUCCCCAAUGAUGACCAUAUAGUCUCAUGGCCAUCUCAGGCAUCCACCCCAACCUCAAAACUCCCCAGGGUCUUUUAGUGGUCCCUUAGCUGUGUAAGGUCAAAAGGCAUGGUCCAUAUGUCUAGCAUAGGACGGUUGAGUGAAUGUUCACAUUGCAAGCAGGAGGGCACAGCAAGAAAAGAUCAGACCAAACCCUCCAGCUUCAUGUCAGGCAUCUGGGGCUCAUGAUGGGAUAUACUGGGUCCCAAAGGGCUUGGGUGUCCUUCUCUGCUUCUACAACCUGCAGCACCCAGAACCUCUCCCUCGGUCUGGCUCUAUUCUAUGCCUGCAGCUUUCCUUGGUGGAUACCCCAUGGUCCUGGCACUUCCAGUAUCCCACAGUCUCCAUCAUAACUUCAUCUUUAUUUUCACAUCUUCACGCACUGGCCUCUUGGGCCCUCUUUGCAGAGACUCUGAUCCUGCCUCACAUGGCCGGGCCUCGGUGGCUGUCGGGAAUCUUCACACAAGCCUCUAGGACUCCUUCACUACAAGGAGUCUCUUCAGGCCAUUCUUAGUUCAGGCUCUUUUUAAAAAAGCAUUUGCAUGCUCACAAUUGGGAACCUUCGUGGCGGGCUCUUCUCUCACAGUGCCUUUCUUGUUAACCUGUGCGGAGCAGGGUGGUUUCUGACAGGCCCAGCCUUUGCACGGCUCCACACCUCACAUCUUUCUGGUCGCUCUGCAGUACCUGGUGCUCUCUCUCUCACUGCAGACACAGAUGAGAGUAUCAGCCACGCCACAGAUCCUGUAAUGCUUGAUUCCAGCCUCACUCAAGUUCUCAGGACAUAGGCAACAUGCAGGUCUUUACCCUCAUGUCACACAGGCGACCUCUAGCCCAGUUCCCAUGGAGCUCUUAAGUCCCCGUGCUGGCUGGUUUCAAUGCCAGUUUGACACAGGCUAGAGUCAUCUGAAAGGAGGGCGUCUCAAUUGAGAAAGCGCCUCCAUAAGAUACAGAUGUAAACCGCCGGGCGGUGGUGGCACAUGCCUUUAAUCCCAGUAUUCUGGAGGCAGAGGCAGGUGGAUCUGUUCUAGUUUGAAGCCAGCCUGGUCUACAGCAUGAGUUCCAGGACAUCCAGGGCUACCCAGAGAAAUCCUGUCUCAAAAAACAAACAAAAAAGGAAGCCAUGUAGAACAAGCCAGUAAGCAGCACCCCUGCAUGGCCUCUGCAUCAGUUCCUGCCUCCAGGUUCCUGCCCUGCUUGAGUCCCUGUCCUGACUUCCUUCAGUGAUAGACAGUGAGUGAUAGGGAAGUAUAAGCCAAAUAAACCCUUUUCUCCCCAAGUGCCUUGGUCACGGUGUUUCAUCACAGCAACAGAAAGCCUAAGACAAGAUGGUACCAGGAUAUUACCUGGUAUUGCUGUGACAGACUUGGCCACGCUGCUUUGGGGAGGAUUGUGGAAGGACUUUGCAACUUUGGACUAGAAAUGCCACUGAGUGUUGAGAGCUCAGUGAGCUGUUCUGAGGAGCUUGGAAGAUAAGAAUGUUGAGAGCAGUGCAGAUGAGGAAGGCCUGGCUUGUGAAGUUUCUGAGGGAAGCAAAGACUCUACAGGGCCAUUUGUGUGAAGCAUCUGUGGUGUCUGGUCAGCUGGGGCUGAAGAAUCAGCUGUGAUUAACAGGAGACCAAAACCACUGAAGUGAAACCUUUGCUUUGCUGGGACGAUGGAUGCUGCUCAGCUGGGGCUGAAAAAUCAGCUGUGAUUAAUAGAGACCAGCAUCCGUGAGGUGAAGUCUUCUGGGAAGGGUUUCCUCGGGGUCAGCACACAGAAGCUGUGUUCCAGAGGCAGCCAAGGUUGCACCUCGUGCUGGUAGCUGGACUUGGUCAUGUAAGAGUCACCCAGGUGGUGCUGGUUUGGAAGGCAUGAAGGGGUCAUGGAGAGCAGCUGAGGCUUGGCACUGUGUGGCGGGGCUGGAGUCCCUGAAGAGAGCCCAGGAGAGGCUAUUGGUGAAAGUGCAGCCCAGUUGCAGCAGAGACCCCAGCAUUUUGGAGAUGCCAGUACCAUGGGAACCACCAAGGACAGCAGCAGCUGUGGAGUGGAGCCAGCCUGAGCCUAGAAGACAAGCUGUGUGUGCUGCAGAGGGCGGAGCCGGAGAAGUGACCCAGGCCCUUGGGAGGAGCCCAGAAGACUGUGAGUGAACCCCAGGUAGUUAACUGGUCAUUGUCUCUGCCCCCGCCCCCCCACAGGAUCACUGAGAUUAUAGAAACACGCCAGCACACCUGGCUUUAGAGGCGCUCUGGGGACUUGAACUCAGAUCCUCACCCUUGGGCGGCAAGCACUUUCUCCACCAAGUUGUCUCUCGAAUAAGGUAACAUGCGAAAAGAGCCAAUCAUGGCCCAGGGGCGAGGGGCUCACACUGGAGACCUGCAGAAGCUUGACCCCAGCCAGCGGUGGCUUCCCCCACCCCCAGACUCUGUGCCGUCACGCCGGUGCCCCUCCCACGGCACGCCACCACUGUCUGGCCCCACAGUGCUGGAGGCCGCAUCUCCCCUUAGCUCCCCUCUGACAUCUGUGCCGGGGAACACGUAGCCCUAGAGCCCUGGGAGGAGGGGAGCAGGGGUGCGGACGUUCAGUCCAGCUGCCUGAAUAACCAGAAGAGAGGGCACCUGUGCUUGGUGAUGCCCCGCCCGAUGCCGGUGCCACGGCCUGGCCGUGGGAGAGGACUCUGAGUUAAUGGUUUGAGCUCCUCAAUGCAUGGGCUUCAAGAUGGAAAUAAAGCCCAGUGUGGUGCCAAGCUCAAGGUUAAUGGAAUAUUUCGUGCGCAGCAAGGAUGAAAGGAGAUUCCACUUUCUCUCUGUCCUCAGCCGGGCUGAGACACCGACAGAUGUGGCCAGGUGGAUGUGGGCAAAACUGCACAUCUUGGAGGCUUCUAAAGGAGAGGAGGCAGAGAUAGGCAGAAAUGGGGGAGGCGGGGGAGGCGUCCUCAACAGCUUACUGGGUGGGGCUCGAAGCUGGGUGGGACUCCCUCCAGGAAAGCAAGAACCGGGAAGUCAAAUUUUCCUUUUCCCCCUGAAGCUCAGGGGGUUUGCCUGGUAACUUCUUCAGGGAAAUGUUCUCGUAAGUGGAAUCGUGUGUUUUUAACUUAUCACAGGAGCAAUAGGGAGCCACAGCAGGCUUCUGAGAGCAAGGGGUUUGUGUGUGUGUGUGUGUGUGUGUGUGUGUGUGUAUGCUGCACGUGUGUGCCCAUGUAUGUGCGUGCAUGUAGAGGACAGAGGUUGGUGUCAAGGGUCGUCCUCAACUGCUCUCCACCUUAUAUACUGAGGCAGAGUCUCUCACUGGUUAGUCAGCUUGCCUCGGGGAUCCCCGUCUCUCCUUCCCUGGUACUAGGAUGACAGGUGGGCUGCCAUGGCCAGGUGGCAUUCGUAUGAGUGUAGAUCUGAACUCAGAUCCUCAGGUGUGUAAGGCAAGCCCCACUGGGCCAUCUUCUCAGCCCCCCCAUGCCACUCUAGAAUGCAGUUUUUUCCCUAAAGCUUCAGAGAUGACCCCCAGCACUGGUCCUUUCUUUGACGGACACCCCCAGCAUUGGUCCUUUCUUUCUGGGACGCUUGGCCUCUCUCUCUUCACCCACUUUCCUUCUUUUCCAUCCUUUCUUGGAAAAUGCGGCCUCCUCGCCACCCUUCUUGAUUCAUCCAGGCUCCCUGGCUGCCCGUCCACCAUUCAAGACUAUUGCCACUCUGUGCGAGGCCCGCCUCCAGGAAUCACAGACAUCGAUGUCCCAUGACCCCCACUGAAGAUGAAAGAAACUGCAGCCAGAGAGAAGGCCUGGGUCUCACAGCUGGGGAGAAAAGGAGGUGGAAUUCUGUCCCUGGCCCGUGAGAUCAGCUGUUCAAGAUUUGUGGGGCUUUUGGCUCAGCUGGAGCGGGAAGGUCAAGGUCAAGCUCCAGGGACAGCUUUACAUGACGGUCCAGUCACACACACACACACACACACACACACACCCCUUGAGGAAUAAAUAGAAGAUCCAGAAAUGAACCCACACAGUGACAGCCAUGUGAUCGUUGACAAAGGUGUCCAAAUCAGACACUUGAAAGAGAAAAAAAAACCUUCAACAAAUGGUAGGGGAAAUUUGUAACAUAACAG